AUGCAGAUGUUGAUGAGCAGGGCGCGCGUGCUGGGCCUCGUCGUCUUUGACCCACAGCAGCUGCAGGCGACCGGCAGCUGCGCCCUGUCCGGCACGCUGGUGACGUCGUUUGAAGAGCUGGAGGAGGGCGGCCUGUACGUGCUGGGCGGCAUCACCCAGCCCAUGCUGAGGCGCCUGCGCCAGGAAUGCGCCCACCUCGGGCGGCGGCGUGAGGGGCCUGUGCAGGAGGUGGAGCAGCUCGCCGAGCAGCUGCCGCAAAUGAGCCAAGAAGCAGACGCGAGCUCGCCGCUGGGGCGGCUUGCGGGGCCCGACGUCCGCGCCGCUUGCAUGGCGGGAAAGGUGGACCCCCGCGCCCAGCAGCGCGUGCGGGCGGCCCGCGAGCUGCGCAACAUGCUGCAGCUGCGCCGCACAUGCAGGUCCACAGGCCGCGUCCAGGGCACGGCGCUGCGGGUGUGCGGCGCGGCCAGACGGUCGGCGCUGGGCUGA